GGCUGGCUCAGUCUCCAGCCCUGAGCCAGCAGUCCGCUGCCCGGAGGGCAGAGCUGCCUUGAGUCCGCAGGGCUGAGCUGAGAUCCCGAAGUUAGUAUUUUUUUUUGUUUCUUUUAUUUUCUUCCUCUCUGCCCUCGGUGCUUACAAAGAGCCCAUAAGGUUUGCAGCGAGAGAGAGAGACUGGGGGAGGAGAAAGAAUUAAGUAAGGGAAAAGAUGGCGAGUUGCAGGAGCAGCGUGGAGAAGGCAGCAUUUUUGUGCUGCUUGUUGCUGGUAAUGGGGAUCCUAACCUCCUGCGCCCGGCCGGAGGAGGAGGAAGAGCAAGAAGAGCAGCGCUCCUGUCACGGUGCCUUUGAUCUCUACUUCAUCCUGGAUAAGUCUGGAAGUGUUAGAAAUCAUUGGACUGAGAUUUAUUCUUUUGUGGAAAGCCUAGCUGAGAAGUUCAUAAGUCCAAUGUUGCGGAUGUCUUUCAUCGUUUUUUCUUCACGAGGCACUACAAUCAUGAAACUAACAGAAAACAGGGAAGCCAUAAGACGAGGGCUCGACAUUCUUCAGUAUGAAGUGCCUGGAGGAGACACAUUCAUGCAUGAAGGAUUUAAAAGGGCAAAUGAGCAGAUUUACCAUGAAACCUAUGGAGGAGUUCGGACCGCUAGUGUGAUUAUUGCUCUGACAGAUGGAGAAUUGCAAGAUGUUCAGUUUUAUUAUGCAGAACAAGAAGCCAACAGAGCCAGAAGCUUUGGAGCUAUAGUUUAUUGUGUUGGAGUGAAAGAUUUCAAUGAAACGCAGCUGUCAACAAUUGCUGACAGCAUCGAUCAUGUUUUUCCAGUUACGGGAGGCUUUUAUGCCCUAAGAGGCACCAUCGAUUCAAUUCUCAAGAAAUCUUGCAUUGAGAUCCUAGCGGCUGAACCAUCGAGUGUUUGUGCAGGAGAAUCCUUUCAAGUUGUGGUAAGAGGCAACGGCUUUUAUCAUGCAAGAAAUAUUGACCAGGUACUCUGCAGCUUCAAGCUCAACGAGAGCCUUACUAUCAAUGAAAAGCCGACCCUUGUUCAUGAUACUUACUUACUUUGUCCUGCCCCAGUGAUAGAAGACGCUGGACAGGUGGUUUUCCUACAAGUCAGCAUGAACAAUGGGCUAACAUUCGUCUCCAGCUCUGUCAGCAUCACCAGCACACAGUGUCUGACUGGGACCAUCCUUUUCAUUGCUCUCCUGGUUCUCUUUCUGCUGCUGGCUCUGGCUCUUCUGUGGUGGUUCUGGCCCCUUUGCUGCACAGUGGUGAUCAAGGAGCCGCCACCACCACCACCUCCAGAGCCUGAAUCAGAUGAUGAAGAUGGAUUGCCAAAGAAAAAGUGGCCAACUGUGGAUGCAUCUUAUUAUGGAGGUCGAGGUGUUGGUGGGAUUAAGAGGAUGGAGGUGCGAUGGGGAGACAAGGGGUCAACAGAGGAAGGAGCAAAAUUGGAGAAGCCUAAAAAUGCUAUUAUUAAGUUGCCGGAACAGGAGUAUGAGCCAUGGGAACCCAAGCCGAAAAAGCCACAUGUGAGAAAACCACCUUCUCAGCGGAAAUGGUACACUCCGAUCAAGGGCAAACUUGACGCACUGUGGGCUUUGGUUCGACGAGGCUAUGAUCAAGUCUCUCUUAUGAGACCACAGCCAGGGGACAAGGGAAGAUGCAUGAACUUCACUCGAGUGAAAUCGGAUGGAACCUCUGCCCCUUACAGCCCACCGCCAAAGCUGCCGCAGCGUGAUGAUGUUCCUCUCAACAAUGCUCCAAGGAGUCAUUCUUCUCCUGUGUCUCUGCAGCCUCCUUCCAGGCAGCCACCUCCUGGACCACCCCCAUCCCGAGUGCCUCCCGGACCUCCUCCUUCGCGCCCACCACCACAGCCCAUGGCUUAGAGUGCAGCAAAACCCUGAUUGACAAAACAUGUCUCUUUGCUGAACACAGCAUAUUUAUUGAGUAUUGGUUUACAGUUAAAGAUAUCAGAAUUUGUUGCUGGUCAGCAAAAAAAGAAGAAAAAAUCUAAAAAAAAAGAGGAAAAAUUGCCAAGUGUCAAUUUUAGUGUAUGAAUAUAUUUAUACCACACGUGCUGAGUAAACAUUCAGUGGAUAGAUUCAGAGCUAUGGGGUAUAGAAACAAACCAAAGUGAUCAUCUAGAUACAGUAGCAGCUUUCGUAUGUAUACAGUUGAAGAUCUAUUUACAUAUGACAUUUAUCUGGCUUGGUAUGUCAGAUCAUUCACUAAUAACUUUAGCCGGUACAUGUGCAUCAGCUGUUUUGAUAGCUGCCACCUGCAAGUUGGUUAAACAUAGUUCAUUGAGGAAUUUGAUUUCUUUUCCCCAACAGUACUGCAUCCAGAUGUUAAUAUGGGACAAUAAUUGCAAAGAUAACUUUCUGCCUUUGGUUCUGCAGGUGGAAUUUCCAUGGAAGUUUAGAAGAAGGCUAUAACAAUGAGGUAAAAUGAGACUAUGUGCCAAUAAUCGAGCAACAGUAAUCUAGCAUGGGAGAGGGAUAUCUUUUUCUGCUGAGAAAAUCAGGUUUGAACCUGCCAUCUCCGCAUAUGUUUAGACGUGGUUGCAUAGGACCAUCACUGAAGGCCAGGGUUCAGAUUUGUCCAAAGUUCAGAAGAAUUUUGAGAAAAACAUUUUGGCCAGGUGUUUAGUUUUUACUUACAGAAAACAAGUUCUAAAAUGGAGCGAACAUUCGUGCAAUUUGAGCAUGAAUGCUGUAAUAUGCAAACAGCAUGUACUAUUUUUAUCAGCAGCAUUGAGGGACUGAUUCCAUUACUACUUAAUUAGAUAAAUUUUCUUUUGAUCUUACUGCCAAGGAGAACUAGAUCCUCUUGUGAUUAAAACCUGAAUUCCUCUAUGAGUAGCUCUUUCUUUAGACAUCUCAGAUGCUGCUAAAUGUAACCUUGCAGUCUACCUAUGGUUGAGAGGCAUGGUGUGAAGCGUCAGCAUGGGCUUUUAUCCCUGUUUUAUACAUUGUUUGGCUAGAGUAUUUCCCAAACAGUGUGACUGCUCACCCCUGACCUCCAUUCUGUGUGUCACCAGAAAGUGAUGCGAGCACCCACACAGAGGUGGGAAUUUCUGACGCGGGAGCGUGGGACAGCCCAUGAAUAGUGUUCACUGAGCAACACUUGAAUGGGUUGUGCCUAGAUCAUUCCCUAGUGAAUCAAAAUAAUACCUGAGCUUGCUUUUUCUCUACUACUACCUAUCCUAUUGGAGAGGGUGGCUGCAAAUUCCUGUGCUGGUUUGCUUUGGCACUGGCUGUGUUAUUAGGAUAGUUGUAGAAAUAAUGUUUAUGUUGCAUUAUGACACAGCAUAUACCUAUCUCUCCAUCUGUGUGUAGGUGUGGGUGUGUAGCACAUCACAGUAGUUACUGGCACAUAAGUCUAAGAUAAAACACUAACUGUAUCACCCAGUUACUCCAGAUUUUAGGCGUCUUCGUGCAGUUUUUACAGGCAUAUAAAAUUGCACCGGUACAAAGAGAGAUCAGGCUUACUAUUUCCAGUGGAAGUCCCACUUGCAGAACACCAUACCAAGCUGUCAUCAGUCUGUGCUGAUCACUGUGACAUGCCGUGUGUAUGCAGCUGAGGCUGUCAAAGAUAAACUCAGAAGAACCACAGAGCCUCUUUCUCCUCUUGCACUGCUCUGCUCUUGAGUUAUGCUCUUACCUCAUGUAUAUUGGUGCAGGUAGUGGAAUCAUAGUCAUAGGUGCCAGCUGGCCUUGGAGCUGUUCCUAAUUUAGGCCUAAGCCAGCAAAGCAUUUCUGCAUGCAUUAAAAUGUCCUGCAGGUCAAGAGGAACAUCCUUAUGCCCAGUACUUUGCUGACCUGUGACUUUAUUGUGAUCAGAAAGGAGAAUUGGGAUGCACUCAACCCUCUCCUCAUUCUUUUUAGUCACUUGAAUAGGGUCUGCAUAAUUUGGUCCAUAAGAAUGGAUUUCUGUUUGGAGGAGAAAGAAGUGUGUGUGCAUGUGUGUGCGUGUGUCUGUGUUUGUGUGUGGGAACUGUGUGUGGGAACUCUCCUAUGAAUGGAAAGGCCUUUUGCAGCCAAUGUGACACACAGUCACAGGAGUAAGCUUUAGCUAAUGAAAGAGCCUGGAAGCCAGAUUUUGUAUUGCCUUGCACCUGUACAGAUCUAGAGAGCGGUCAGUAGAGUUGUUACAGAUUUGUAUUGAUGUUAAUAUUGGCAGAACUUGACUUACUUCCAGUAGGAAUGAAGGUGUUGGCUUAGGGAGGGCUUCUUGUAAUAACAUAGCCAACAUGCCUGUUUGCAGUUGAAGGGAAUAAUAUUCUUUGCUGGAAUAGCCAGUCUUGCGGAGAUAACAGAUACUGACAGUUUCUGCAUCCCUAGCAAGUGCAGUGAGAAUAGGAGUGGUUUGCGCUUCCAGGUGAUGAGAUCUAUAUACGAUAAAGCACUAUCAAUUUGAGAAUUAGAAUCAGCAUAAAUGGAGUUUCCAGCAUUUUCACCAUAUAAAAUCAAGCAUUUCAUGUGUAACCCGUGUUUUGGCUGCAGCUUCUGCAAUGGGAGCACUGCAGGUUUAGUUUGCCAGUAAAGUGGGAAGAAGAGAAAGUGAUCUUGAACUGAAUUGCCUUUGCAAAGGUGGGGGGCAGUGAAUGUGCUACACUGGCUACAGAAGGGCCUGUUAGUUGUGUAGAAAUGUACUCAUCUGCAGUGAUCUCAGGCACUAUAAUAAUGCAGUAGGAGAAAACGGUUGCUGUUUCACCGUGUGUUGAGCUUGAUCCUUACUUGAAGCAAAUCAGAAUAGGCCAACUGAAAUCAAGGCAUUAAUACUGGUGUCUGUCAGCUGAGACCUGGCUCAAAAUAAAUGGACAAAAAUCCCUCCAACUGGCUUGAUGUUUCAAUGUUUGUUUUGGGAUGCUUUUACAUCAGUUUUGAUUAUAGUAGUUACACUGCUAAGAAAUGCUCUCAUGUGGGAUGACUCCCCUGUACUUUCUGGCAUAUAGCAUCAUCCAAAACUUGCAAAAAGUGAAUAUCUAAUGCUUCCCCAAAUCCAAGAGAAAAAUGUGCAUUAGGAGGACCUUUGGCUAAUGCUUAGCACAGAUGUGAAAUGACACAAGGCACAAAGCAGCGGGGACGGAAACCCUGCUUGUUUAAAGCUGAUACAGAACCACACUGAUCAAAGCAUAUUUAUCGCCAUCUUUCAACCUCAGUGCAUGUAUUGCCAUCUGUGAGAGUAGACUGCAGAGCAGACGGUCCUAAAUGUAAAAAAGGGAAAAAAAAAGGAAAAAGGAACAGAAUCAGCUCCUCAUCUGAAUGAGUGAGCAUAACAAUGAAUGACAUUACUUCCUGAACUGUACCAGUUCAAAUGCAUGUGCACCUGGUGCUCCUAAUGCUGUUUACUCCUGUUGGUCUUUAGACAACAUGAUCAGUAAUAUGCUUUUUCUCUUUAUUUGUAUGUUGGUUUUAUUGUUGUUAUUUUGUUUUGGGUUUUCUUAGAAAAAACACGUUUAACUGAGAAAACAGCCCUACUUCUGUAAAUAUAGAGUUUAAUUUGGAGGAGACAGCACACUUCUGGAUGUUACUGCUGGACAGUUAUUUAUUAAAAGGGGCUUAAGGUGAAUAAAUACAGGUGGCUCAGGAUACAUGCAUGCAAGUGUGAUAAUGCAGUAUAGCAUUUUCAGUUCUCUGUAGUUUUGGGGGGAAGGGGAAUUUUUGGGUCAUCCUAGUUUGUUUAGAAGUUUGUUACUGAUCUGAUACUUUUGAAUAAUGCAAUAGACUCCUAACAUAUAACAGUGCUUGAAAAGAUGUGUAGAUUAUGAUAGAUUUUACAUUUGGGGGGGGGAGGGGGUAGUGAAGGAGAAAUUUUCUAGUUUUUAAGGGAAAAAAUAUACUGUACUAAACUUUUUUUAGAAAAAGAUGUGUGUUUUCAGAAACAGUGGAGAUGGGGGCUGAUAGACAGCCGGGGCGUGGAGGUGAGGGACAGAGGAAGCAGUUGGAUUUUUUGAGGGACAAAGAAAUUUUACAUGGGUGUGUGGGUUCAUUACUGGUACAUGUGGUACAAAUUUCUGUAACUGACAUGCUGCUUCCACGUUGUAAUCGUAUAACCUUUAUACAUUUUAUACGCCUGCUCCAUUUUUCUGAGAAAACUUUGCAAAUGUAAUGCCUGCAUGCAAAUGUGGGAGAUGUAGCCAAAGUGUUAUAAUCCAACAUAAUGUAGUCUUAAUGGAUUCAAAAUCAACAAUAAAAGUGCUUACUGGUUAAACACUA